AUGGCUACGUCUGGCAUAGGUCGCGACCAGACUUGUCAGUCGAGGCUCCGUAAAUUAUUAUUAGGUGCCGUUUCGAACCUUAAAUUCCUACGCCGCGGUCAAAAACACGGUAUAGUCCGAGGGGCCAGAACAUGGACCGGACAACACAUUGUUUCACAGCACCACACGCUAAACCAAUCAGCCGCUGAACUUAAGAUGCCUGAUAGCACGGACCCUAUCGAAUAUCUACUUUCAGAUAGUACAGUACAGGUUCUCCGGCGGGGACGAGACACGUUUUUAGCUUUUUGCGGUACCGACACUAUGGAACCGAGCUAUACGAGCCCACUAUAUCAGUGGGCUUCCAACAGCGUUUAUUGCAUCGCUGUGAAACGGUACCGGUGCGGUGGCUAUGGCUCCACGGUUCGCGAUGGUAUGGCCAGUGCAAUUGAUCUUGCUCAAGCCGGUGUGGAUACAAUGCAGGCCCUGAAAGAUCAAACCCACACAGAAGCCCAGAUGGAUCUUUUUGAAUACAUGUUUUCAUUUGCUGUCAAGACCGUUGACGGUAGACGGCAAAUUGGCCCAUCGGAUUGGGAUUGGAUCAAUCGUAUAUUCGAUAAGGUGUUGAAGCUCAAGUCUUUCAAAGAGGAGAAGAUGGCAGAAGAUGUUGUUAUUUAUUGCGACCACUCUCGUUACAUCGAAGGUACUGAAUGCAACGGUAAUAAAAACAAGAAAAUGGCGUGCGACAAAGACAUCAGCGGUGAUGUGGAAAUCAAUUCUGUCUUUAAGUGGUGCAAGUCGAAGUCCGGCUAUUUUCCAGUAAUGGCUGAUCUCGGGUCAAAAUCACUUCUGGCAUGGCCCAUCCAUAAGAUCUAUAAUGUCACCCUCCUCAGAACCAACAUGGAUGCCGCUGCUUUGCUGGAUCGCACCAUCUUGCAUGAGCUUACGCAUGCAAUUCCCCUGCUUGCUACUACAGACACAUCUUGCUUCUUAAGCUACGGCUGGAAAAGGUGUGUCACUCUUGGAAAAAGUCGUGAUUCCGGCAUCAACAACGCCGACAAUUACGCGUAUUUCGCUCUUGGAGCGAGAAUGAUCAGUCCAACCGACAACAAACCACCUCAACGACCUAACCGGGAUGGUUCUGUUUCUCUUCUCCCCCCUGAUCUGUGGCGCAGUCAGCAAUCCCACUCGCUUCGAGCUCGGUAUUUUGGGCGCACAGCUAACAGCUCUGCUCUGGGAGAAAAUGCAUCUUUUAAUGAGGCCAAAAAGUCUCUCAUAAUGAGUCCUUAG